CCAACCGGUCAUUCUAUAGCCUGAAAAAGCAGUUCACCUCAAAGAACCUGUCGCGACGGACGAAGCUGGGACUAUAUAGUACCUAUAUAGUACCAGUACUCACAUACGCCUCUGAGACAUGGACACUGUCCAAAUCUGACGAAGCCCUCUUAACCGCGUUCGAGAGGAAGAUGCUCAGAAGGAUACUUGGCCUCGUAUGUGUGGAAGGACAAUGGAGGAGCCGAUAUAAUGACGAGCUAUAUGAGAUGUACGGCGACCUCACUGUCGUACAGCGUAUUAAGCUCGCCAGGCUCCGGUGGGCUGGCCAUGUUGUACGCAUGGAAACGGACGACCUAGCCCGUAAAGUCUUUUUAGGCCGUCCACAAGGACAGAGGAGGCGUGGUAGGCCCAAAUUGAGGUGGCAAGAUGGCGUGGAGGCGUCCGCCAUUAAGGCCGGGAUAACGGACUGGCAGACGAAGGCGCGAGACCGUGAGCGGUUUCGGACACUCCUGAGGCAGGCCAAGACCGCAAAGCGGUUGUAGCGCCGGAUAAGUAAGUAAGUAAGGUCCUGUGAUUCAGGAGAACUUGUUGGCGUUGUUGCUGAAAUUUCGGAUGAGGAGCGUCGCAUUAGUGGCAGACAUAAAACAGAUGUAUUUGCAAGUCAAGGUGCAUCCCGACGACACUCGUUUUCAACGUGUAUUGUGGCGAGGCUCAUCUGUUGAGUCCAUCGAAGUCUACGAGUUGCAGCGUGUCACAUGUGGGCUUGCCCCAUCUUCCUUUCUGGCCAUUGGAGUACUGCAACAAUUCGCAAUUAAUGAAGGGGAAAACUUUCCCUUGGCGAGACAGGCGUUGUUAGAGGACUUCUAUGUCGAUGACUACAUUGGUGGUGCCUCUAGCAAAGAAGAAGUAGUUAGGUUGCAAGCUGAGCUGACGCUAUUGUUGAGAAAGGGCGGAUUUCAUCUAACUAAAUGAAAUUCUAACAAACCAGAUGUUUUAUCUAGCGUUUCAGCGGAAGACAGAGCAAAAUCCAACGUAAAAAUGUUUGAAGUUUCAGAGGAGCCAGUAAAAACUCUAGGUAUCGCGUGGCUACCAGAAUCGGACCAACUGUACAAGACUCGAACAUUCAGAUGAACAACGAGAGCUGGUCCCGUAGAAAGGUUUACUCUUUGGUAGCACGUAUAUACGACCCUUUGGGGCUGGUGGCUUCUGUGACAUCUUGGGCCAAGAUAAAUAUGCAAUCGUUGUGGUUGGCAAGUAAUGACUGGGAUGAAGAUAUACCGACUGUCAUGCAAGAACGAUGAUAUGCUUUUCAAUCACAACUCGUGUUGCUGAAGGAGGUUAAGUUUUCGCGCCAUGCUGUUGUGCAUAAUCCUGUUGCUGUUCAACUACAUUGCUUUUCGGAUGCAUCCGAAGCGGCUUAUGGGGCAUGUGUGUAUGUUAGAACGAAUGGUAGCAGCGGGGAAGUGGUAGUGGAGUUGCUUGCUGCAAAGUCUCGUCCUGCGCCGCUGAAAAGAGUCAGUUUGGCCCAGUUAGAACUUUGUGGAGCGUUACUGGCAGCAAGGUUGCAGAAGGUGGUACGCCAAGCGUUGAGACUUCCAGACGUGGAAACCUUUAUGCGGACUGAUACGACAAUCGUGCUGCAUUGGAUUCGAGCACCAUCCCAUUCUUGGGCUACGCAUGUAGCGAACAGGGUAUCCGAGAUUCAGGAAUUGACGCAUGGCUACAAAUGGAUGCACGUGAAGGGCGUUGACAAUCCUGCCGAUAUAGUAUCGCGUGGAGCUAUGCCGAACGAUCUGUUAGCAUCGAAGCUGUGGUUCCAUGGUCCCGGGUGGUUACAACUAUCGGAGGAAGAAUGGAAGAAAACUGCCAGCGGUGUGUUGGCAAUUCCCGAAGAGGAGUUAUUGGAACGAAGGAAGAGCUCAUUGGUGGCCGCAGUAAGUAGCGAGAGCGAUGAUUGGUGUGAUAGAUUUUCCAACUAUGACAAAUUACUGCGGAUCACUGCGUAUUGUAUGAGAUUUAUUCGUUGUUGCCAACGAAAGCUGGAUCCUAAACACAAAGGUGUUUUGUUGGUGAGCGAGCUAGCAGAGGCGAAAAUUCGACUGGUGAAAAGGAAACAACGGAUUUACUUUGCGGCUGAGAUAAAGGAAUUGUCUGUUGGACAAACGGUACGUCCCAAAUCACCACUGAAGACAUUAGGAGCCUUUUUGGACGGUGAUGGUUUACUCCGAGUUGGUGGCCGCUUGCAUCGCGCUAAAGCCAUGCAAGAUUGUAGCAGAUUUCCGUUGGCGCUACCCAAGAAGUCACGAUUUACUACGUUAGUGGCAGAAUAUUAUCAUCAAUUGGCACUUCAUGGUGGGCCAACUGCAACAUUAAGCGCACUCAGGAGAGAAUUUUGGCCAAUUCAAGGACGAUCUUUGGUCAAUAGUGUUUGCAGAGGCUGUCUGGUAUGCUUCAGGAUUAAUCCCGCGUUAGCUCAACAACCACCAGGACAGCUACCCGUGUCUCGUGCUAUGCCAUCUCGACUAUUUUCGAUCGUAGGGGUUGAUUUCUGUGGACCCAUAUACUUGAAGCCGGUGCAUUGCCGAGCAGCAGCUGAAAAAGCAUAAAUUUCAAUCUUUGUGUGUUUUUCAGUAAAGGCUGUUCACAUCGAGCUUGUGGAGUCUCUAUCAACUCAUGCAUUUCUAGCGGCGUUUCGUCGGUUUGUGACAAGACGUGGUUUGCCCAUCGAGGCCUAUUCCGACAACGGUCUCAACUUCCAAGGAGCGAGUAAGGCGAUCGAUGACUUCUACACGUUGAUGAACAGCAAUUCGGCGGUGGAGGAUAUAUCGAGGUAUUGGCGCUGGCCCUGGCGUUAAGUGGCACUUCAUCCCGCCCCAUGAACCGAACUUUGGCGGCCUUUGGGAGGCAGCGGUAAAGGCGGCAAAACGCGUCCUACUGAAGGUUGUUGGUGAUCGGCAGCUGGCGUUUGGGGAGAUGUCGACGGUACUGGCACAGGUGGAAGCUCAACUCAACAGCAGACCGCUUACACCGUUGUCGGAGGAUCUGGAAGAACUUGAUGUAUUGACGCCGGGGCAUUUUCUAAUCUGGGCUCCGAUGAACGCUCUACCGGAGCCUGACGUGGGUGAUGUACCAAUCAAUAGAUUGAAGCGGUAUGAGGAAUUGCGUAGAGUGGUACAGAAUCAUUGGGCGCGUUGGCGUAGGGAAUAUUUUAGUGAACUACAUAACGAACAUCAACGCGGCAAGGCAGUAGUAGAGCUAAAGGUAGGACAAAUGGUCCUGUUGAAAGAGGAUGGGAAGACUCUUCAACAUUGGCCAAUGGGACGGAUUGCAGAGGUAUUUCCUGGCCCAGAUGACGUAGUGAGAGUCGUUAGUAUCAGGACUAGGAACGGCUUGUAUAAGAGGCCAGCGAAUCGGAUUAGUCUUCUUCCGUUUGAGAAAGUGAAUUAGAUAUCAUAAAGGAAUUUUGUGAAGUAAUGGAAAGAGGUAAAUUUGGUAAAUUUAGGUGACCGCUAUGUUGGAAUGGAAGGGUUAUGAAACGGUCAUUUUGAAUUGUUUGCGGUUAUUUUGUCAGUUGGGAAUUAAAAGUUAAAUGUUUUUUCUAGCAGAACUGCCGAUCGACAAUUUGUGAUCAAGUAUGUGUGCGAAUAAAGCGGCACUAGCGCAUGAAACUCGAUACGAGCCGGACGUGUUGUUUUACUUUGUCUCCUUUGGCGAUCGACGACGACACACCAAACACAACGUAGGGCGUAGGGGCGUCAAGGGGAAAAGGAACCAACAAACCAUGUUCCAGAACGCAACAUAAUUAAAGUACCUGUCGUCAACCCACACCCGGAAGAGAAAGCUUGAUUUGAGGUUGAUUUUUCAUUCAGCCAGAUAAGCAAAUUUGGCCUUUUUUGGUAAAUUACUUACAGAAAACUUAUUUCGGGUGCUUAUUUUAAUAAAAAUAGUACGACAUAUCAAAAAUAUCGUCGAAAAAAAUCUAAAAUGUCAUGUUUUUAUUCACAAGUAACAAUUGACAGCUAGAUCUAGGACAGCGGGGGUGGGAAAUAUCGACAUACAGGUAGCGAGGGGGUAUGGUGACUUCGAACCUUUCACAUGAUGUGUGGAGAGAAAGAGACAGGCACAUAAAAGAGCGAAAGCGAGAAUGACAGUUGGUCAAAUUGAACGUAAACAAACCGGCAUUCCAGCAUCGUUGUCGGCCAAGUCAAGUUAAACGUUGUUAGUUUAGUUAACAAAAUAAGAGUUUAUUCCAAGUUUUUUAAGUGAAAAUGGAGAACGUGAAGCGUGCUAGGAAAAGUGGUAUGCUGAGCAAGCUUGGGCAGGCGAUAAGGGAGGAAUGCGAGCGAGAAUGGGAAGCGGAAAACCAACCAGGAACCAGCCGACGCCAAGAAGCACCAGUGUUGAAAUUCCGCAUGCUGGUGUGGAAUUCGUUGAUGAGAAUGUCUCCGAUGAAGAAGUAUUUGACGACGAUGAGCCCGAAGAAGAAUGGUUGGAGGAAUGGCUGAACGAAAGUGACGAAGAUGAAGGCGAAGAUAAUCAGCAUACAGAAAAUUAUGUUACGGAUCCUCAAUCUGAAAACAUAUUAUCAAGGAAAUUACGAAUGUGGGCCCUAUCUCAUCGAAUAACUCACACAGCUAUAAAUGAUUUGCUUGGGAUCAUACGCGAGACAACGGAAUAUUACGUUCCAAAGGACGUUUCUGAAAACUCCCGUGAACGUCAGACAAAAUAUUACCACAGUGGCAGGAGGACAGCUAUGGUACCAAGGGAUCGAAAAGAUGUUUCAGUGCCAUUUUAGAUGGACUUCCGUUACAUUACAGUGGCCCUACGCAAUUAUGGCCAAUAAUGGCGCAGAUUCACGAGCUUCCGGAGGUGCCUGUCUUGGUGCUAGGCAUUUUCUGUGGUUCGUCGAAACCUGACAACGUGGAGGAUUAUCUUUGUCAAUUGGUAGACGACCUUAAUCAUGUUAUGGACCAGGGAGUCACAAUUAACAAAACAAAAAUUGGAAUUGAUCUUCGUGUUAUGAUCGCCGAUUCUCUCGCCCGAGCGUUCAUAAAAAUUAAGCUUAUUAAAGAAAAUUGUAUAUAUCUAAUUUGCAUUGUUUAUUACUAAAUUCCUCAUUUUUUUUAUUUAUUUGUCAGAUGUGGCGAAUUUCAAUGCAGUGAACGGAUGUAUGAAGUGUAAAAUUGUGGGAAAAAAGGACAACAAAACCCACAGAAUGGUAUUUGAAGGAACAGCUGAACCGAGGGCAAAUAAGGAAUUUAGGCAAGGAAAUUAUGAAAUAUGCCAUCCGAAACGACCAACACCAUUAUUAGAUAUUAACGAUAAAGAUAUUAUUAAGAUCUUAAGCAUAGCAGACGAUUUACACUUACUACAUUUAAGAAUAGCAAAAAAGUUAGGAAAAGGAUAUGCCUAAGGUAGUUUAGCACCGUUUCCGAAGUGGAACGAAGAAUAUAGAGAGGAAAUUUCUAAAAUUCUAGCAAAGACAAAGUUACCUGCAGAGAUAAAUAGGGCAAUGA